UUAUAAACAGCUGGACUUCUGGUGGGCAGACUAUCCCCCGCCCCGAGCUCUGGCUGCCUCAGCCUCAGCUCUGGAACCCUGACUGCUUGGAUGCCCCUCAGCUCUGGAACCCUGACUGUCUGGAACCCUGAUCCAGAACCCAACAUCCUUCCAGGGCCUCAGGGGCAUUGCUACCGCCCCCCUCCCUCUCAAACUGACCCCGAGUCCAGCAGUCACCACCAGGGGCGUCAGAGCGCGCGCAUGCGCCCAGCUUGGAGCCGCGCCGAUCUCGCGCCGGCACCUGGCAGCCAAUCGCAGGUCUCCACUGGACGCGCGCGGGUGGAGGCGUGCGCGUCGGCGGCGCCGGGGGCCUGAGGAGGCGUAGUCCCCGCCGGCUUUUCCCCGGGAGCGCCUCCGGGGCCGGUGCGUGGCAGGCAGCUCGGGAACAGCAGCUGAUCCGGACCGGAUGUGACCUUCUGCCUGGAAUAGCUCAAGUUCUUAAAAGUUGCGUUGUAAACCUGAGGCUGGGAAGUUCAAGAUCGCGAUGCUGGACAAUUUGGUUCCUUAGUGAAGGCUCUUUUCCUGGCUGGUGGGUGACAGCCUUCUUGCUGUGUUCUCACAUGACAGAGAGAGGAACCAAGGUGGCAGUUUAUAUAAAGGAAGCAUUGGGACUUGUGGCCACACUGUUCAAGAAUAAAAAGCAUUAGAAAAUGGAACAAUCAUGUGAGGAAGACAAAGAGCCUGAACCACAGAAGAACAUAAAAGAAACCAAACAAGUAGAUGACGAAGACGCUGAGCUCAUCUUUGUUGGUGUGGAACAUGUAAAUGAAGAUGCUGAGCUAAUCUUUGUUGGGGUGACUUCAAAUUCAAAACCAGUCGUUUCAAACAUUUUGAACAGAGUCACCCCGGGUUCAUGGUCAAGGAGAAAAAAGUAUGGUCACCUUAGAAAAGAUACUGCUGACAAAUUGCAGCCUACAAGUCAUGAGACCCUUACAUCAGAAGCAGUGACCGACCUGCCAGCUUCCCAUCUUGAAUCGAGAUCAACAGAUAGUCCUAUUAUUAUUGAGCCUUUGUCUAAACCUGAUUAUAAAAAUAGUUCACCACAAGUUGUGCCUAAUAACUCUUCAGAAUUACCUUCUCCUUUGAUUACAUUCACAGGUUCAUUGCAUCAGCCAGUAAGUGCAGCACUUUCAGUAGGAGGUAUAAAUGAAAGUCCUCAUAUAUCAAAGCGACUUUCCACUUUCGAAGUAAACAGCAUAAAUGCCAAAAGGGCUAAACUCAGGGAUGGAAUUAUGGAAGGAUAUUCUUCAGCUUCGUCCCCUUCAGAUACCUUUCAUACAAUGAAUUCUCAGCAAAGUACGCCCUCAAACAAUGUUCAUACCUCAUUAAGCCAUGUUCAGAAUGGAGCACCUUUUCCAGCAGCUUUUCCAAAGGACAAUAUCCAUUUCAAGCCUAUAAAUACAAAUCUUGAUAGGGAAAAUGAAUUGACAAAAACAGACAUUUUGAGUCUAACAAGUCAAAACAAGACCUUUGAUCCCAAGAAAGAAAAUCCCAUUGUGUUACUUAGUGACUUUUACUAUGGACAGCAUAAAGGAGAUGGGCAGCCAGAACAGAAGACUCACACCACCUUUAAAUGCCUCAGUUGCGUGAAAGUUCUAAAAAAUGUUAAGUUUAUGAAUCACGUGAAGCAUCAUUUGGAAUUUGAGAAGCAAAAGAACGACAGCUGGGAAAACCACACCACCUGCCAGCACUGCCACCGGCAGUUUCCCACUCCCUUCCAGCUACAGUGUCACAUUGAAAAUGUCCACACUGCCCAGGAGCCCUCUGCUGUCUGUAAGAUCUGUGAAUUGUCAUUUGAAACAGAUCAGGUUCUCUUACAACACAUGAAGGACCAUCAUAAGCCUGGCGAAAUGCCCUAUGUGUGCCAGGUUUGCCAUUACAGAUCGUCAGUCUUUGCUGAUGUAGAAACACAUUUUAGAACGUGCCAUGAAAACACAAAGAAUUUGCUUUGUCCCUUUUGUCUCAAAAUUUUCAAAACAGCAACACCAUACAUGUGUCAUUAUAGGGGCCACUGGGGAAAGAGUACACACCAGUGUUCCAAGUGCCGGCUACAGUUUUUAACUUUCAAGGAGAAAAUGGAGCACAAGACCCAGUGUCAUCAAAUGUUUAAGAAGCCUAAGCAACUAGAAGGAUUACCUCCUGAAACAAAAGUUACUAUUCAAGUGUCACUAGAACCUCUUCAGCCAGGAUCAGUAGAAGUAGCAUCCAUAACUGUGAACACAUCUGACUCCGAACCAUCACUCCCCAGGUCUAAAAGCAAAAUUUCAAAAAAGUCCCAUUAAUUCUAGUUUCAGUAAAUCUAAAGCAAGUAUUUCAAACCAAAUUUAAAAACCUCAUAAAAACAAAAAAUACCAACCAUACAUUAUUCAGUAGCACCAAAAAUAGUGAAACUAGUGGAUUAUAUAUGACUUUUUAAACAAAAUUUAGGAUAUAAUUUGAUCUGAAUUUUGAGGUGUUAUUUUAAAACAUCUGGUUUUCAUGUUAACUGUAUCUGGCUUACAUAAAAGGUGUUUGUGUGUGUGUGUGUGUGUGUGUGUAUGUGAGAGAAAAAGGUAUUAAUUUAUUUUUUUAAUUUUAAUUUUUUUUUUUUUUUUUUUUACUUUAGAGACAGGGUCUCACUUACCCAGGCUGGAGUGCGGUGGCAUGAUCCUAGCUCACUGCAGCCUUGAACUCCCGGGCUCAAGCAUUCCUUGGCCUCAGCCUUUGGAGAGUAGCUAGGACUACAGGCGCAGCCACCACACCCAGCUAAUUUUUUAUUUUAAUUUUUUUUGUGGCGAUGGAGUCUUGUUAUGUUGCCCAGGCUGGUCUUGAACUCCUGACCUUAGGGGAGCUUCCUGCCUCAGCCUCCCCAAGUGCUGGGAUGUGUGAGCCACUGCCUCUGGCACCUAUUUAUUAUUUUGGUAUUUCAUGUUACUCCUAAGCUUGAAAAAGCUCUUUUUUCUAUAUACAGAAUUCGUAGAAUUUUUGAAAUACUUAGUUUUCUUUUCAGCUUUUUCCAUGCAUUCAAGAUUUCAUGGUUAACUCUAGUCAGACUGGAAUGGCUUUGUUAUGCCCUGGCCCACUUGCUGUGGAAUUCCCAGAAGUGCCUCUGCUGUGCUGACAUAAAAUAACCUGAAAAGAUUCUGAAAAGCCAGGAUGUGGAAUUGAAAGAGAAGCUGCUGCAUGAGCAGAGACCAAGAAGGUGGAAGUUAGUUGAGGGAGAGCAGUGGCUCUUUGUUCUAAUUGAAGGAUAGGCACACAUUCAUUCUGGUCUUGGGGCCAGGUCAAAAGGAACACUGCUUCAGAGUAUCUUUACCUAACCCAGAAACAUCCAAGGAAGCCAAACCAUUCAAAGUAAAGUGCUUUUGUUUGGUGAGGGGCCCCUGUAGACAUCAAAGAGCUGCCAUGUAUCAUUGGUUUGAGAUGAAAUAGCAAUACAAUUAAUAAUAGAAUGAUGCCUGGUGCUAUCUGACUUCCCAUUCUGUGAUCUAAAGGUGAAAUUGAUUCAUUCUCUCUCCUCUCCCUUCUGGCUAGCCGUUAGUGGAGAAUGAACUGGCCAUAUUCCUCUGAGCCACAGCAGUAAAGCAAGUUAAGUUUCCCAAGGGGAAGAAGCCCUGAUAUCUAUAAUUUGAACUGUACUGGACUCAUAGUUUUAACUGAAAAGGGCCAAACAAGUGGUGUCUGUCCAUUUCCUGGACUGGGCUAAAUUUAGUUUUCCCACUGUUGAGCUGGAAUGAGGACUGUCCAAGAACAGUAGGUACAGUGGACAAAAAUAGCCCAGGGUGACUGACUAAAUUUAAACCCAUAAUGGCUUUAUAUUUUUCUGUGCAUAUAUAUCUUACCCUAAUUGAACAUGUGAAGCUUACAACUUUUAUGUCUUGCCUUGGACAUGAAUGUAUUGCAGCUUACAGUUCUUCUGUUUUAUGUAUAGUUUCCCAGUUUAUUGACACUAAUGCUGUUUGGGUCUUACUUGAUACAUACCAGUGUGCAAGAAAUGUCCCCCUAAUUCAGUAAGUGUUAAGACUUAAUGUCCUUCAUCUGAUCUGUCCUAUCUAAUCUGUACUAUGGGUGAAACUUUUUCGCUUGCUCUCCCCAGGGACUGUUUCACAGUAUUCUGGAGUACUUUUUGAGUAUUGGUUCCUGAACAUCAGCAGCCUUGGGUGCCUCUGUGGACUCCCGGAGUUGUCUCCUUGGUUGUGUUCUGGUGCCAUCCUUUGUACCUCCACCCCCGACUAAGGUGCCCAGCAACCUGUCUUCACCAGUCAUGGAAUCUGCCAUCUUGGCUAUAGACAUAGGUCUGGAGAAGUCUUUCCCUUUUUCCUUGAUUUCUUUUUAAAGGUAUAUUAUCUCUCCCCACUCCUUUUUUCCCUCCUCAAUCUAGUUAAAUUUCCUAAGCUUUCACAAAAGUCUGCGAAGAGAUAAUUAAGAGCUUAGCAUCCCUCUUAGAACUAGAAUAGAAGGCAGUACAGAUAACAAAUAAGUUGUGAGUAUAUUAUCUAUAUUUUGCAACAUUUUCUGACUGUAGCUCCCAUUGUAUUUAUUUGUCUGACACUCACUUGAUUGAUUUGCACCUUGAACACUUUACUAGGUCUUUUCAGUUACUUUGCUUGGGUUAAGACACUUUGCUAAAAUUUCAGCCUGAAUCCUUUCUUUAGUUGACGAAAGGGUAUGUGUGUGCAAGUGGGUGUGUUUGUGCCAGUUUUUCUUGUCUCAGGUAGAUACUCCUACUGUGUAUAAAUAGAUCUACAGACUUUUCAUACUUACCUCCCGUAUUCUGUUUCUGUGGUAAAAAUAUGAAAUAUUUUAGUUGUAUGUUGAGUGAUUGGUUGGUAUUAUCAACACUGUUGUUUGCUGUUUCAUUAAAGCAUGCUCUUAAGGAGUACAUAUGGUCAUUAAUUGCCAACUAUAGAUUCCAGUGAUCUGGCCCCUGCCUACCUCCUUACUCUCCUCAUUCUAUGUCAUGCUUCUCCACUCUUUUCCCCAAUGAUGCACUAUUUUGACACACUGGCCUUGCUAUUCCUUAAGCAAAUCACAUUCUUCCCAAUCCAAAGACUUUGCACAUGCUAUUGUCUUUCUUAGAAUGCCCUUCCCCUAGGCCUGCAUGGCUUGCUACCUCACUUAAUUGUUUGACACUUCCUUUGGUUCAUUGAGCUUCAAGGCUCUUAAAAUGCCACUGACAAUGAGAUCUCCCUGUAAAAAAAAAAAAAACUUUUACUUUUUCCUCUUAAAGGCACUUUACUCUCUCCCUACUCUUUUCUUCCCUCUUCAGUGUAUUUAAAUUUCCUAAGUUUUCAUGAAAAAGCUGAAAAACGAUCAUCAUCAAGGGCUUUGCUUCUGUCUUAGAGUUGAGCUAGCUCGAGUCAAUUUCUGUGCCUGCAACCAAAUGAAAAUUAAUAUAGUGAGUUCUUUCAGGAGCUUUCUCUGUUUUUUUAUUGAUACCUCUAUAUAUUUUUAAGGCAAUGUCACUUUGUUUUGUUUACAAAUAUAUUGAAUAUGUCAAGAUUACUAUUUUGUUAUUACCCUUUGUGAAUUUCCUUGUCUAUUUUGCUCGCUUGUUCUUUCAGAUGAAAUUUAUUAUUUUAUUAAUGUUGCCAAAAAUUAUAAGUAAAAUAUCAAUUAUAGUAAUAAAAUGUUUUGUGAAAAAA